GGUAACGACUCUGACUUUCGUUUUCAAUAUCAUAUACAUAAGUAUAUUCGCUUACUACAAAUGCGCUCGUUUCCAUAUUAAAAAAUUGUAAUUAAAACAAAUUUAAGUUCAAUUAUAAUUCAAAUUUUAAAUCCAAUAUGUAAAAGAAAGCAUAAAAAAAUUGAAAACUUUAGAAACGAGAUCAAGUAAAAUUUUAAUACAAACUUUGAAAAAAAUUGCAAUUUUUAAAUAAAAUUAAAAAAAGUAGAAAAACAAAAUGUUAAAAUUUUUUGUGAUAUUUUUUCUAAUAGCAGCAAAAUGUACUAGUGCAUUUGUUAUUCCUCAAGAACUUCCAUCUAUUUUGUCGUUAGUGUAUUCAAAUAUUCCGCAGAUUCGGAAAGGACAUGACUCAAGAUAUGGUUUCGGCUUUCGAUUAGGUGAUAAUGCUGAUAUUCAAUUUGUUUUAGAACUUGGACCACAAAGUGAAACACGACCAAUUGGCCUAGAUACUGCAACAUCAAGAAAACGUGCUGUUAGUCAAUCCGAUUUUAAUGAAUCAACUGAAUCCAUAACAUUGAAGAAAAUUCAAAAAGAUAAAAAACUAGCUGAAGCUGAAAAUUGGCUAAAAAAUUGGUCAAAAGAUCAAUUUAAAAAAAAGAAAUUAGAUUCAAAAUUAUUGACAAUGUCUGAUGCUGAAAAUCGGAAAAAACCUCCAAUAGUAAAUGGAAUGUUAAAUUUAGAAUCAAAUACGAUAACAAUGGUACCUGAAAAUGCACUUGAUCAAUUGACAGCUCUAUAUAAAAUGAAGAAUCGAACGACAUCAAAUCAAGAAGAAGAAAAUGCAAUGAAAAACAAAUAAUUUUUAUGUUUUAUAGUUAAAGAAGUUAGGAAAAUUUUUUAAUAAAUUUAUAGUAUUCUUUUGACGAAAAUGUAGAGUUUUUUAAAUAAUUAUGUACAUAAUAACAUAUACAUACAUAUUUUAAGUACAAAGCGAAAGAAA